UUUUGUUGAGGAAAAGAAAAUCCAAUAUAAGGGGAGAAGCAGAAGAAAAGGAAAUGAGAGGAAUUGAUGGGAACAAGCCGAUGUCGCUGACUACUGCUUCAGCUUCUUUACAAUUCUUGCGGAGGUUCAUCGCCUCCCCUAUAACUUCUCAUUCUUCACUCCGGCUACCCAAAUCUUCUCUUCUUCCUAAUAAUACCCUACCUGUUUCCUCUCUCCGUUGCCGUUUCCGGUGCUAUUCCGCCGCCUCUACUACAACUAUGGCUGAUGCUAUUUCUGAUGCUAAUAUGGAUGCCGUACAGCGCCGUCUCAUGUUUGAAGACGAGUGUAUUCUGGUGGAUGAGAAUGACCAUGUUGUUGGUCAUGACACCAAGUAUAAUUGUCAUUUAAUGGAAAAGAUUGAAGCUGAAAAUUUGCUGCAUAGAGCUUUCAGUGUCUUUAUAUUCAACUCAAAAUAUGAAUUGCUUCUUCAGCAACGAUCAGCGACAAAGGUGACCUUUCCUUUGGUAUGGACCAACACUUGCUGCAGCCAUCCACUAUACCGAGAGUCUGAGCUAAUUGAGGAGAAUUCUCUUGGGGUAAGAAAUGCUGCACAAAGGAAGCUUCUCGAUGAAUUGGGUAUUCCAGGUGAAGAUGUCCCAGUUGACCAGUUCAUUCCAUUGGGUCGUAUACUUUAUAAAGCUCCAUCUGACGGGAAGUGGGGAGAGCACGAACUUGAUUAUCUACUAUUCAUGGUCCGUGAAGUUAACAUGAAACCUAAUCCAGAUGAAGUUGCUGAGGUUAAGUACGUGAACAGAGAACAACUGAAAGAGCUUUUGAGGAAAGCAGAUGCAGGUGAGGAAGGUCUGAAGCUAUCCCCUUGGUUCAGACUUGUCGUUGACAACUUUUUGUUCAAGUGGUGGGAUCAUCUUGAGAAAGGAACUCUCAAGGAAGUCAUUGAUAUGAAAACCAUCCACAAAUUGACUUAAGGAGCUGCGUUGCAAUCUGGUUUUACUAUCAUAGUUUGUUCGUUUAAACUAAUAACAUCAGUUGUGAUAGCAUCCUUCUGCAUUUAGGUUUGUUGAUUCUGGUAGAAGUUGGAAGGAGGUAUUUUGUCAACUGAUUGCAACAUAUAUGUGGCUUUCUAUCUAAACUCAAUAAGAUCAUCACUUGUAAUUUGUUGUGGUCCUUUAAAUUGCUGUUGUGCUGUAUAAUCGGAAUUUGUGUCCUUUUAGCUUUUGUGUGAAUUUGCUAUAGUU